AAAUUUUUGUUCAAAAUUUUACUCUAAAACCUCCCUCUCUCUCUCUAUCAUCAUUGAACCUGCCUGCUGUCUUCUUCCUCCAUUUCUUUACCCCAAGCAAAUUCUCCAAUCCCACACAAUCCGAUUCUCCUGUAAUCUUCACUCAUCAUCUCCUUCUUUUCUGGGUCUCUCUCUCUCUCUCUCUCACACACACAUGGGACAUGACGAAACCAGAAAACUCUCCGACGAAUACGAAGUGUCCAACAUCUUGGGCAGAGGUGGAUUCUCAGUAGUCCGAAGAGGCACUAGAAAAAAACCAACCACCACAGCCGGCGCCGGAGACAAAACCCAAACCCAUGUCGCCAUCAAGACCCUCCGCCGCCUCGGCCCCUCCUCCGCCGGCGCCGGAAUCCAGAAAAGUAGUAUGAUAUCUCCGGCGAUGGGUUUGGGUUUGGGUUUUCCGACGUGGAAACAAGUCUCUGUCUCGGAUGCGUUGCUGACGAAUGAAAUUGUGGUGAUGAGGAAGAUCGUGGAAGACGUGUCGCCUCACAAGAACGUGAUCCAUCUCUACGACGUUUGCGAGGAUCAGAGCGGCGUUCACCUCAUUCUCGAGCUCUGCUCCGGCGGCGAGCUCUUCGACCGUAUCGUCGCUCAGAAGAAGUACACGGAGGUGGGAGCGGCGGCGGUGGUGGCACAGAUAGCAAAUGGGUUGGCGGCGCUUCACAAGGCGGGAAUAGUGCACAGAGAUUUGAAGCCAGAGAACUGUUUGUUUUUGAAUGAGAGAGAGGAUUCGCCGUUGAAGGUAAUGGAUUUUGGGCUGAGCUCGGUGGAGGACUUCACAGACCCAGUGGUGGGAUUGUUUGGUUCCAUUGAUUAUGUGUCCCCAGAGGCUCUUUCUCUGCAGGGUGGUGGUGGUUCUGUCUCUACUAAAUCUGAUAUGUGGUCCUUGGGUGUCAUCUCGUACAUCCUCCUCUCUGGGUAUCCACCUUUCAUCGCCCAGUCAAAUAAGCAGAAACAACAAAUGAUAAUGGCUGGAGAAUUCAGCUUUUAUGAGAAGACAUGGAAGAACAUUUCUUCAUCUGCAAAGCAAUUGAUUUCCAGUCUCCUCAAUGUUGAUCCUCACAGAAGGCCUAGUGCUCAAGAGAUUCUGCAUCAUCCAUGGGUAAUUGGAGAAUCAGCAAAGCAAGAGCAAAUGGACGCAGAAAUUGUUACUCGCCUCCAAAGAUUUAAUGCCCGACGCAAGCUACGUGCUGCUGCCAUAGCCAGCGUUUGGAGUAGCAGCAUCUUCUUGAGAACAAAGAAGCUCAAAAAUAUAGUUGGCACUUAUGACCUUAAGUCUGAGGAGCUAGAGAAUCUCAGUGUCCAUUUCAAGAAAUUAUGUGCAAAAGGUGACAAUGCAACACUGUCUGAAUUUGAGGAGGUGCUGAAAGCAAUGAGCUUGUCUUCACUAGUCCCUUUGGCACCUCGCAUCUUUGAUCUGUUUGACAACAACCGCGAUGGCACUGUCGACAUGAGAGAAAUCGUCUGUGGGUUUUCUAGCCUCAAGCAUUCUCAAGGCGACGAUGCCCUCCGUCUUUGCUUUCAGAUGUAUGAUACAGACCGGUCUGGAGGCAUCAGUAAGGAAGAAGUAGCAUCCAUGCUCAGAGCCUUGCCAGAUGAGUGCCUACCAGUAGAUAUAACAGAGCCAGGGAAAUUGGAUGAGAUAUUUGACAGAAUGGAUGCCAACAGUGAUGGAAAAGUCACCUUCGAUGAGUUCAAAGCUGCCAUGCAGAUCGAUAGAACUCUCCAAGAUGUUGUCCUCUCCUCUCUUCGCCCCCUUUAGUUUUUCUUUUCUUUUCUUUUCUUUUCUUUUCUUUUCUCAUGCAUUUUCCUUCUUUCGUACUUAUGUCAUGUUUACUGACUACUGAGCUAUCAAUCUAUGAAAAGCCCCUUUGAAACUAUCUUUGAACAUUCAACUCUUAUGGGUAUAUCAUAUUAGAUGGUAAACUAAAUAUGUCAUGAUUCAACAAGCGGCACGAAAGUAAUAUUAGUUUCACCCUUGUAACACCACGAUUCUUCCUAUAAAUAUAGAAAACUUGUAUUUCUCA